AUGGAGGAUCCCGAGAAGAAGACUGAAGUCGUCCUACUGGCCUGUGGGUCCUUCAAUCCCAUCACCAACAUGCACCUACGGCUGUUUGAGCUGGCUAAAGACUACCUGCAUGAAACAGGAAAAUACAAAGUAAUCAAAGGAAUCAUUUCACCAGUAGGUGAUGCAUAUAAGAAGAAAGGUCUGAUCAGUGCAAAUCACCGAGUAACCAUGGCAAAACUAGCUACAAAAAACUCAGAUUGGGUAGAAGUUGAUGAUUGGGAAAGCAGCCAGAGUGAGUGGUUGGAAACAGUAAAAGUUUUAAGGUACCAUCAUCAAAAGCUUUUAUCUCCUGAUCCCACUAAUAGUCCGCAGAAUGCUAUACCUUUAACAAGGCCAGGACGGAAGAGGAAGCAGGAACCAAAUAAGCAUGACCCUGUUAAAAAGAAAAAUCAGAGUCCAGAUAUAAAAAGCGUACCGCAGGUUAAACUGCUCUGUGGAAGUGACAUCCUGGAAUCUUUUGGGAUCCCCAAUCUGUGGAAUUUGGAAGACAUCGCUGAAAUUAUGGAAAAUCAUGGCAUUGUAUGCAUCAGUAGAGUUGGAAACAGCGUUCAGAAAUUCAUCUACGAAUCUGAUCUUUUGUGGAAACAUAAGAAUAACAUUCACUUCGUGGAAGAAUGGAUCACAAAUGACAUUUCCUCCACCAAGAUUAGGAGAGCACUGCGGAGGGGCCACAGCAUUCGUUACCUGGUGCCUGAUUUAGUUCAGGCAUACAUAGAAAAACAUGAUCUGUAUAGUUCAGAGAGUGAGGACAGGAAUGCUGGGGUUGUCUUGGCUCCCUUACAGAAAAAUGCAGGUGAUUCCAAGAACUAA